AUGGCGAGCGUCCACCAAGGCGAAAAGCAGCUGUUCGAGAAGUUCUGGCAAGGGACUUUCAAAGCCGUGGCCACCCCGAGACCCGGCAGCGUGAUCGUGGCCAGUAUCACUGCCCGCAAGCCCCUGGCCAGCAUGGAAGCACCCAGCUGCCUGUCACUUCUCACAGAUGUCAAACAAUCAGAGGUUCCACGUCCAGGUCAAGAGACCUCCAGCACCAAUGGCUGCGUGAGGCUGAAGGACAGCCAGGAGCACGCCAGGCACAAAUCACGCAGCCCAUCCUACAACGAGGAAUGUCCACCACCUCCUACCAAGGGGAAGAAAAAGAAGAAGAAAUCUACACGGAAGAAGAGACGGAGGUCUCCAUCCUGUAGCCCCUCCCCUCCGAAGAAGAAGAAAAAGAAGAAGAAUUCAAAGAAAAGGAAAAGAAACAGGUUAUCUUCAAAGAAGAGAAGACACAGUUUCUCAAGCCCCAAAAGCAAAAGGAAGGAAGAAAGAAAACACAAGAAACACUCUCGUAGCCGGCCACAAAAAUCCCAACGCCACCGUCAUCGCCACUGCCGGUCUGGCUCAGAGGGCACCAAUUCUCUCUCGGAGAGCUAUGGAAGCAGGCCAACAGUGAGUUCACGGCAGGAAGGCCAUAAAGCUAGAUGGAAGCGGACCCGGAAAUCUUCAAAGAGCGCUCGGAAGCCAAACCGUGCCGCAGAGGGGACGGCCGCCCCCUUCCUUGGCUAUGCCCUCCAGAACCACAGCUUCCUCUCCACCACAGAAGUUAUUUCAAAGGCUGGGUCUACUGCUGACCUCUUUAAAAAAGCAGAGGGUCAGCUGGGCAAACGGAACGGAGAGCCCCAUGAAUACGACUCAGGAAAUGAUACUUCUUCCCCUCCAUCCACUCAGACAAGCACAUCCAGGUCAAAGGGCAGACAGGAAGCAAGCUGUCCAAUCCACGAUGGCUUCGGCCAGGCCUUCUCGUCUGGGAAGGCCAGCAGUGGCAGCAGCUCCGAUUCAGGAAACUCCUUCACCAGCUGCUUCUCACGGACUAAGGGAGCAACUUUGGAUGAUCCGACACCAAGUCCUGGAUUGGAAAUGUAUCUUUUCAGGGAUGGGUCAUUGCACUCUCUUGAACAUUCAGAGAAGAAGAAAGCGAGCCCUGUCUCUGCCCCUUUCCUCAGCUCCCCUCUUCGACCGUGUGUGCGGAAUGGGUCUUCUUCUAGCAGGUCGUCUCCCGAGUCCCACGCGUUGCAUCGCAAGGCUGGGCCCAGGUCCUCCCAAAGCAGAUCCUGUUCCUCAGAGUCAAGAUCCUACUCCCGUUCCCCCAGCUACUCGUCCAAGUCCUGCAAGAGAAGUCCCGGAAGCCGGAGUUCAAGGAAACGACGAAGCCCCAGCUAUUCUCGAUACAGCCCUGGCAGGGUCCGUGAACAGGAUCACAAGCACGGCUCCGGAGGGAAGGAUUCUCACAGGCAUCGUGACCACCGACGUCGCAAGCAAUCGUAUUCUCCCAUGAGAAAGCGAAGGAGAGAUUCCCCCAGCCACCUGGAGGCACGGCGCAUAACCAGUGCCCGGAAGCGGCCCAUCCCGUACUACCGGCCCAGCCCUCCUUCCUCAUCCCCCAGCAGUGUCAGCACUUACUCCUCUUGGUACAGCUGCUUCAGCUACUCUCCCAGCCGCAGCCGGAGCCACUCCAGCGACAGGACCAGCCGCAGCAGCAGCAGCAGCAGUGGCAGCAGCCGCAGCCGCAGCUCAGGGGCACGGCACAGCCGGCGAAGCUGCUCCAGGAGUUCCGGGUCUGCCGGCAGCUACGACAGCCUGCGACGUUAG